AUGCAGGAAGCAACUAUACAUGAGUACAUAAGGAAAACAGCAACAGGCGAUGUGACACGGCCGAAAUCAAGGCUGCAAUUCCACAACCGCGUCUCUCAUUGCCCUUACGGAAGACCUAUCUCCCCAGCACCGCCGAGAUCAGGAACCUCGAAGAUUUACCCACAAAACUCAAUUCCUAACGACGACCUAUUGUUAGAUGAACUUCUGACUGAGCUAAAAGACAAUGCGAUCUCACCGCAGGCUGCAUCACUAAAUAGCGUGAUCCUGCAGCGUGGUAAACUAUCUCGACGACCAGAUACUCCAAUCCCCAUUCCACGAAAUUUCAGAAAUAGGGCUGGAUUGUCAUUGGAUGCUCUCAGGUUCCCUUCAAACACAUCCAGCAAUGAGCUUGCCAGAGAAGACCAAAAGCAGAGCCCGCAAUUCCCAUCCCGCAGUUCAACCCCCAGCAAACGAAGACGUACAUCUGGAUUUGGCGAUGAUCUUUCCGACUUGGAUGAAGAGGGUGAUCGGAGCCCCAACGACAGCGUCAAGAAAUUCGCCUGCCCGUACUUCCGAAAGGAUCCGGAACGCCAUCUGGAAUGCAUCAACCUCAAAAUGGUUCGCAUCUCCGACGUGAAGCAGCAUUUGAAGAGAAGACAUACAGCGCCUUACGCCUGUCCGAGAUGCUCUCAGGGCUUCUUAUCUUUGAACCGGCAAGAGGAGCAUAUACUGAAACAAAACUGCUCACCAGGGUCUGGGGCGAACUGGGAUAGUGUAUCGUUGGCUUCGCAAAGAUCCCUGCAGGCUCGCUUUGCGAAGGGCCUUUCGCCAGAGGCACAGUGGUACGGCAUUUGGAAGAUUUUGUUUGGUGCACCGCGCGGUACCAUGCCGAAGCCGCAUCUUGAUGGGGUUGUUAAAGAGGUUAUCGGGAUUCUUCGCGGUAUUUGGCUGGAUGAAGGUCGACAGCUGAUCUCUGAGUUCGUGCAGGCGAGUGACCAGCCGCCCGACUACACUGACGAAUUGUAUAAACUGCUUGCACGGCUUCUCGACGAAGUUGAAGCUCGCUUCGAACAAAAGCCUUUUGAGAAGGUCUCGGGCAAAACAUCUGUUAUUUCUGAACUAAGCCCCGAGGAGUCUGGUGGGGUACAGUUGGAUACUAUUUCGCAUCACGUAACGGAAGGACUCGACAGUCAAUCCCUCUUUGCGCCCUAUGACACCACAAUCUUGCCAUUCGAGUUCUCAGCCGCACAGUCGGAGGUCUCAGAAGUUUCGUACCAAACAUCAGAGCCCGGCUUUCCGGGAGCGCCGCUUUUCCCGACUCAAUUUCCUUAUAUUGAUAAUCCUGUAUCAGAUUUCGACUUUGCGGAUUACAAUCAAUAG